CGGCGGCCGGAACCCGCGUGCUGCUGCGGAACCUGUACGCAUAGGUCUUGGGUUUCCGAGGGGGCCUCGGAAAGGGCCGGCCCGGCGGAGACAGAUGAACGGCGGACCCCACAGCGAUGAUGGCCGCCUGACAACCCGCGGGGAGGCGCCGGGAGCGGACGGACGGAGCGGCGGCGGAGGAGACGGAGCCUUGGCGGCGGAGGCAGAUUAACAGGCAGUAGGAUGGCAGGUGAACAGAAACCCUCCUGUAAUCUCCUGGAACAGUUUAUCUUACUGGCCAAAGGCACCAAUGGCUCGGCCCUCACCGCUCUCAUAAGUCAGGUCCUAGAAGCUCCUGGUGUGUACGUGUUUGGAGAGCUGCUGGAGCUGGCCAACGUACAGGAGCUCGCAGAAGGUGCUAAUGCUGCCUAUUUCCAGCUGCUGAGCCUGUUUGCCUAUGGAACGUACCCAGACUAUAUAGCCAACAAGGAGAGACUGCCUGAGCUCACCACCGCCCAGAAGAACAAGCUGAAGCACCUGACCAUUGUCAGCUUGGCAGCAAGAAUGAAGUGUAUACCCUACUCGGUGCUGCUGAAGGACCUCGAGAUGCGGAAUCUCCGGGAGCUGGAAGACCUCAUCAUCGAAGCCGUCUACACGGACAUCAUUCAGGGCAAGCUAGACCAGCACAAUCAGCUUCUCGAGGUGGAUUUCUGCAUUGGCCGAGACAUCCAGAAAAAGGACAUCAACAGCCUCGUCAAGACCUUGCAGGAGUGGUGUGAUGGCUGUGAAGCUGUCCUGCUAGGCAUUGAGCAGCAGGUGCUGAGAGCCAACCAGUACAAAGAGAACUUCAGCCGGACUCAGCAGCAGGUGGAGGCCGAGGUCACAAACAUCAAGAAGACCCUCAAAGCCACAGCAUCGUCAUCUGCCCAGGAGAUUGAGCAACAGCUGGCAGAGCGGGAAUGUCCCCCUCAUGCUGAGCAGCGGCAGCCCACCAAGAAGAUGUCCAAAGUGAAAGGUCUGGUCUCCAGCCGCCACUAGGGCUGGCUGGGGCAGCCGGCACUCACUGAGCAGGGGAGGGGGAAUAGCAGGGGCCAUAUUCCUCCCCUCCUGCUCUCAGUGGCUUCCGGAGCUGCCCACCAGGCAAUCCCAGGUCUCCAUCCUUUCAUCGCCUUCCCCCUGCCUGGUACGGUUCUAGCUACCCCAAGCUUUCCCUUGCCCUUGUCCCCUUCAGACUCAGGGGCUCCAGGGAUGCCAUCUAAUAGUGUCAGACACUGCCCUGCUUCCCCUCACACUCCUCUCCCUCUCUCCCUAAGGACUUUCUCCCUCCUAGCCUCUCUCUGCACUAUUCAGUGGUGAUCAUAGGUCAGAGGAAACUUUGGCCCACACGUGUUCCUCCUCCAGAGAUAAUGACCUGUAGGAGGCCCUUCUCUGGGUGAUGCCCUGGGUCCCUCCUUCCCACACCAAAUGCCCCCUAGACACGUCCCUCCACAGUCUAGCCAGGUGUCAGCAAUCCAGGAGUCUUCUCCCUGCCUCGUCACUAGUUGGCAGCUCUGAUUCAAGCAACAGAGGGAUGUGUUCUGGGCUGUGUUUACUAAACCCCCCGGGUUUCUUGCCUCCUAAGCCUAGUCCAUGUUUCUCACCUGUUGGAAAGCACUGGCUCAGCUGCUGCCCGGGGAGGUGACUAGGCCCCAGCAGAACGGUGCUCUGUGUCUUUGUUCAGUGUGGUGCUGGCUGGCAGAAGCUGCCUCUCCGGUGACAUCCCCGCUUCUGGCAGCCUGCUGCCUCUAACUUCUCAGACCUCCUUUGUCUGGCAGGGCCGUCUGCAGAUGCCUCCCCUCCGAGAGCCUCGAAUGCCAAGGGACUCCAUCCUUGGUGGGAGAGUUUGCUGCUGUGCCCCAGCCCUCUUACUUCUCCUCACUUAGCAGUGGCCCAAAGCCCUUUGAUGGUGGCAUUCUGGCAAAGGAAAUGGACUUGACUAGCAUUUCUGAACUUGAACUGUUUCAGGUUGUAUUUUAAUUUUUUUGUACAGGUUUUGACUCUAAGACAUUUCAACAUUUUGUUUUCCUCUUUUUUCCUUUGUUGACAUUUGUUACAGAGCAACAGCAGGUGAUUCACACCUAGUUGGAGGGUUUUGUUUUUUCAAAAGUGGGAGGUGGGGAUUCUGGCCUGAUGCUGAAACAACAGCUCAAAUGGAGGAAAAAAAGCACACUUUAGAAAAAAAUAAAAACGCCAAUUUAAUGUACUCAAGUGUGGAGCAGGUUGGGUUCCACUACUGCUGCUUUGGGAUGUGGAAGUCACGUGGUUCAGUGAAAUUCAUCAGUGGAGAGUGCCCAGCAACUGUCUACCAUUGAUUAGUGAGAGGCAGGAGGGGCACAGCAGUGUGCAGGGUUGUGUGCUCAUAGCUCAGUGAGAAAAUGUGCAUUCAGUGUGUGGUCUCUGUUCCACUAUAACUCCAAACCCUGAAUGUUCUUCUGCUGGUUUGCUAGACCAGACUUCUUAGACUAGUUAGACAAGCUCUCACAUUCAGAAUUUCCCUCUGGUCCUUGUCUUUUCAAGUUAGGAUGUGAUCUUCGGCCCAUAGAAAGGCACAUUCCGAACGUUGUGGCAAAUAGGAAAUUCACCUCUGAAUUUCCCAGUAUUCACUGACUGCUUCUUUUUGGAUUUAUAAACUUGCUUGGG